GUGGCCUCCCGGAGGGGGACGUGUGUGUGUCCGCUGCGGCUUGUGGCGCCACCGUGCCGGACAUGAGCGUCCCGGAGCCGGGCGAGGGGACCCUUGUCCCCCGCAGCCGCGGCCUCUGCGAUGCGGCGGCGGACGGUGUCCCGGGGAACCCAGGCCGGCGGCCCGGCGAGGGAAGCUCGGCGACCGCGGUGGUGACAGGUGAGGGCCGCGCGGAGGAGACCCCGGCGAGCCCGGGACCCCGGGGUGUCGGGGGGCUUGACCCCGCGAUGCGGGGGACCGCAGCCGGGCAGGGAGAGACUCCGCCUCCCGCCGAGGGUCCCCCGGCCGCGGCGGCCGCGGCGGCUCCGGAAGCCGGGGAGCAGGCCCUGGCAACUCGGGGCGCCGAGGCCCAGGCCGACGACGCGGAGACCGAACGGGGCACCGUGGCGGUGGCAGCCGCCGAGGAGCAGCCUGGAGUGGCGGCCGAAGGAAAGGAGGAGAAGGAGGAGGAGGGGAUGGAGGUGGAGCAGAAGCCCGCGGCGGGCGAGGACAUGGAGAUGCUGGAGGCGAGGGAGGUGGAGGAGGAGGAGGAGGAGGCUGGGCCCUGGCAUCUGGGCAUCAAUCUCCGCAUGAACCCUCUGGAGGCCAUCCAGCAGGAGCUGGACACCGUGAAUGCCCAGGCUGACAGGGCCUUCCAGCAUCUGGAGCAGAAGUUUGGGCGGAUGCGGCGACACUAUCUGGAGCGGAGGAACUACAUCAUUCAGAAUAUCCCGGGCUUCUGGAUGACUGCCUUCCGGAACCACCCUCAGUUGUCGGCCAUGGUCAGGGGUCAGGAUGCGGAGAUGUUAAGGUACGUAACCAACCUGGAGGUGAAGGAACUGAGACACCCUAAGGCCGGCUGCAAAUUCAAGUUCUUCUUUCGAAGAAACCCCUACUUCAGAAACAAGCUGAUUGUCAAGGAGUAUGAAGUGAGAUCUUCUGGUCGGGUGGUGUCGCUUUCCACCCCGAUCAUCUGGCGGAGAGGACACGAGCCGCAGUCCUUCAUUCGCAGAAACCAAAACCUCAUCUGCAGCUUCUUCACCUGGUUUUCAGACCACAGCCUUCCAGAAUCGGACAGAAUCGCUGAGAUUAUCAAAGAGGACCUGUGGCCAAACCCACUGCAGUACUACCUGUCGCGUGACGGAAUCCGUCGACCCAGACGUCGCCCGAUAAGAGAGCCAGUGGAGAUUCCCAGGCCCUUUGGCUUCCAGUCAGGCUAACCCUUGCCUUUGAAAAGACCACUGGAGCAAGUCCCUUCUCACCUGUGCUUGAGCAAAUGCAACGGGUAUGCAGUGUUUUUGAUUUUUUUUUUUUCCUGCUGACUUUUCUGCAUCUUCUGCCUCAAGAUGAAGACCGUAGACAUGCUUCCGCUUUCACAUGGCCGCCGUGCUGUUCUGUAUUAGUAUCUGCUCGUUCACGGCCAUGGUUCAUACACUUUCUGAGCUUCACACAUGUUACUGAAGGCUGCACAGCUUUUAACACUCCUGCGACCCUGUUGUGUUCAGUCUGCCACCUGGAUUUUUUUUUGCUUUGUCUAGGGGCCCUUUCCAUUUACCUGUUGAGCAUGUGGCAAUAUGGACACCAAGUUUGCAGACAAUUACUGGGCACUAAUGGUGUUGCAGGAGAACAGGAGUGGGCCGCCUUCUGUGGGUUUUUUGUGACUCUCUUUCUGCACCACUUUCUAAUACUGCUUGCUGUUGGUAUGGCUAUACCCAGCUCCAUUGGCGCUUGCCAAGGUUCCUCACACUCACUCUCCCGUCUUUCUCCUGUUAUUUUAAGUGAAAAGAUGUAGUUCAGAAAUACUGCAAGGUCAGGAUUUGUAGUCCCUUUAGACUGGUAGCAUUUCCAGAGAGGAACUCGGACUGCGUGUCUCCUCUCUUCCCAACUCCCCAGCCUGGUUAGCAAGUCCUACCAGGCUUAUAGGGAGCUGGAACUAGAUGGGAACAGAGGAGAUCUUCUUCCUCAUAACGUAUGGAAGAACUAAAGGGAUUGUGAUGGGUAUCCUAAGCAGGGAAAGUGAACUGAAAAGAGUUAGGAUCAAAGUAAGUCAGAUAAAAAUGGGGCUGAAGAUGAACACAGAGCUGACAGAGCUUUCAAGUCCUGGUUGGUUAAUGGUGAUGUGAAAAAUAACUUUCUCAGGAUUGCAAUAGAAACAUUAUAGGGAGUUUGAGUGUUAAAUGUUGGCUAGACAAUGGUUCUUUUAAGAAACAGUACAAGUUUGGGUUAUUUUUCUCUUUUUAUAUGUGGCCUGAUGUAUCUGAAAGAGUAAUAUUAUGCCCAUAUUUUACCAACAUUUAGUAAAAUGCUACUUGUUUCUAUUUACUGGGAAAUUUAAAUACUUUCUUUUGCAUUUAUUUGAAACCAUUUGGAAGAACAAUAGUCUUGACAAUACUUAGACUUAAAUGAAUAUUCAUAACAAUUUUCAAUACUAAUCUAAAUUAUUAGAAACAUAGUUUAGAUAAUUUGGUCUUUAUCAAGUUUGUCAAAUUGUUGUCUUCAUGGAAAAAUAGGUAUGUGACUUGAUUGUUUUGGUAGCCUCUUAAAUUGCACAGUAGUUGUGCUCUGUCAAAUUAGAACUGUACUAGGAGUAUAUUUGUCACUUAUAUGCAAGAUGGUAAAUAAAAGCAUGGCACUCUG